GGACGCAUUUAUUUGCUGCACGUCUGUGUGUCGCAGGCAAACGUGUCCUGAAAACAGGCGGCCCUGACGCUAACCCCGACUUCCCGCCACAUUACCGAGAGUUGACUUAACAAUGGACAAUGUGGCUGACGACUUUUAUCGGCAGCUUCCAAAAGUGGAGCUCCACGCUCACCUGAACGGCUCGGUGAGCUUCCAGACGAUGGAGAAACUGAUGAAGAGAAAGCCACACCUCAACAUUGAACACCACAUGACGGCCAUCGGCAAAGGACAGCAGCGGAGCCUGGACGAGUGCUUUCAGGUGUUCAAGGUCAUUCAUCAGCUGGUGGACACGGAGGAGGACAUCCUGAUGGUGGCCACAGAUGUAAUCAAGGAGUUUGCGGCUGAUGGUGUCAAGUACUUGGAACUUAGAAGUACACCAAGAGAGGAGACGAAAACAGGGCUGAACAAGAAGAAAUAUGUGGAAACCGUGAUUGGAGCCAUCCAGCAGUGCAAAGAGGAGGGCGUGGACAUUGAUGUCAGGUUCCUAGUGGCCGUUGACCGCAGGAAUGGCCCUGAGGUUGCCAUGGAGACGGUGAAAUUGGCUGAGGACUUCAUGCUGUCUGCUGAUGGGCUGGUGGUUGGACUUGAUCUGAGCGGCGAUCCAACGGUGGGCCACGGCAAAGACCUGCUGCCUGCCUUGCAGAGAGCCAAGAACAGUGGACUCAAGUUGUCGCUGCACCUCUCAGAAGUGGCGUCCCAGCGUGAGGAGUCCGAGUUGCUCCUUGGUCUCCCUCCAGACAGGAUCGGUCACGGCACCUUUCUACAUCCCGACGUUGGCGGAUCUCAGAGCCUUGUGGACAAAGUGACCAAGAACAACAUCCCUCUGGAGCUCUGCUUGACUUCCAACAUCAAAGGCCAAACUGUGCCGUGUUACUCCCAGCACCACUUCAAGUACUGGUACCAGUUGGGGCACCCCAGUGUCAUUUGUACGGACGACAAGGGAGUGUUCAGUACUGACUUGUCUCAGGAGUACCAGCUGGCGGCGGCCACCUUCGGUCUGGACCAGCAGGCCGUGUGGGUGCUCUCCCAGCGGGCCAUCGACUGCAUCUUUGCACCGGACGCGGUCAAGCAGCGGCUGAGACAAAAGUGGACUGAGUUACAGCCUCGGGUCCUCAAAUGAGCUUUUUUUUUAGACAGGCAGCUCUGCCAACGACUUACCUCAUGUUCUGGUAAAGGGAAAAUACUAACUCUUUUUUUAAUGUGUCCUAAUCCUUGUAGCAAUGAAGCAAAAACACUUAAUGAUCAAGUCAAAGUAUUUUGAUUAAAAAAAGCAUCUAUUUAUUCUACGUAAUUUAAUAAAGUGACAUCACUUGAACGCCUUCUUUCCAGAUUUGCCAUGUUUGUUCUUCUUGAACUUUCCAUGCUGGAUUUCCUUCUUCCUUUGCUUCCCAUGCACCACACCACCAUUGGCCGUCGCCUCGUUUCCUCCGCCCAGCUUCCUCUUCUUGUCACUGUCACAGUGGACUCACGUUAGCCUGCA